AUGGUUUCGAUGCAAGUAACCGUCUGCACAAUACUCCUUGCGUUGCUGUGCUCGCAUGUCGGAGCACAGAAUAUCGACGAGGAUUUGGCAAUGAUUAAUAGCGAUUUGGACGCAAUCCUCGGGAAGAAAAUCGGGCUCCCGUCUACACCGGAUGAAAUGGAAUACAAUGAGGAAAUUGAUAAAAUACAGACCGCCAGGAAUAUGGGCGAUGGUGGUAGUCAAACUGAGAAGCGAAACUCUCUCAGGGCAAAAUUGGAAGCCAAAAAGCAAUUUGAAUAUUACGAAAAUCGCAGAAAUGACUUAAAACAAACGACUAAUAAUCUUUUAUCACUGGCUGAAAACUUGAAGGACACUUCGGUUGUCAACAGCUUAAAGAACGCCCUGACCCAGAGAAAUGGUUAUAAGGAAUUCGCGAUAACGAAUGCUUUGGAGCAAUUGGUGGCGGACAAAAAUAACACUGGGAUGCCGAAUAAUAUGAUUGGUGGCCCUGUUCAGCCAAAUGGUCCGAGUGGUGGCCCGAGUGAUUUAAGUAAUUUUCUUGACAUUUUAUCAAAAUUCGUACGGGCUGGCGGCCAUUUGUUUUCACCUACCGUGUAUAACCAAAUAAGUCCUUCUAAUCCAUCGAUAAACUCGCAAGCCGACAAUAACUUAAACCAACAACUAAAGGAUUUGUUAAAAAAGUUAAACAAAAGGCUUGGUUCUUUAAACGAUGAUGAUGACUGGUUGCAGUGGUUUGAUUGGUAA